CUCACUCCUACUCCGCUCAUCGAUACGCAAUAUCAAGCACCCGAAAGAAUUAUAUUUUCAUUCAUCAAGUCGUGCCUAGGCGCGCCAGCACUCCAGGAUGGCGUCGAACAAGCAGGGCAAGAUGCAAGGCUUCAUCAACUAUCGCAUGCGAGCCACAUUGAACGAUGGGAGACAACUGGUGGGCCAGAUGCUGGCAUUCGACAAGCACAUGAACCUCGUCCUCGCCGAUUGUGAAGAGUUCCGAAAAGUGAAGCGCAAGGCAAAGGGCGGCGCGCCAGGCGCAAGUGCUGGAGGACAAAUGGUGGAGACGGAGGAGAAGAGGUCGCUUGGAUUGGCAAUUGUGCGAGGCGCGACAAUUGUGUCAGCAUCAGUCGACGGACCACCCCCCGCGGACCCGGCUGCACGACUCGGACAAAACGCUGCUGGUGCAGGCGCUUCACCAUCAGUAUCAGCGGGUCCAGGCAUUGCGAAGCCAGCUGGAAGAGGUGCAGGAAUUGGUCUUCAAGGACCAGCGGCUGGUGUUGGUGGACCAGGUUUCCCAGGUGCUGGAUUCCCAGGCGCGCCGCCAACGGGAUUCCCAGGCAGAGGAGGCCCACCUGGAGGAUUCCCUCCUGCAGGCUUCCCACCAGGCGGUGGCCCACCAGGCUUCGGCGGACCUCCUGGCUUCCAGCCUCCUCCCGGUGGUCGUGGAUUUCCACCAGGUGGAUUCCCAGGGCGAUAA